AUGUCUGGCAAGGAGGCAUAUGAGAUUCAUGAUCUAGAGGGGAACGUUGAUCGUUCGCAGUCUUCCUCUGAGCACGUCGGAAGCACUAAUAGCGAAAAGAAGAAUCCAUACGUUGAUGUUGAGGAUCAAGAGUAUGAGGACGAGCAAUAUGCAAGUGGUGUUGCUGAGAAGUCGAGACUAGGAUGGUGCCGCAGAGCCGUUGCAACUCUUCUGGAUAAGGCAGAGACAAAAGGUGUGGAACCUGUCACUGACGAAGAGAAAACGGACAUCUCCCCUUGGGGGCCUGCUUCUAUGUGGUUUUCGGCUAACAUGGUUAUUGCAGCCUAUUCGCUGGGUGCGUUGGGUCCAUUGGUGUUUAGUCUAAAUUUCGGUACAUCUGUUUUAACUAUUGUAUUCUUCAAUUUGCUGGGUCUGGUUAGCGUUGCAUUCUUCUCCAUCUUCGGAGCAGAGUUCGGUUUGAGACAGAUGGUUUUAUCACGUUUUCUUCUGGGAAAUUUGACAGCUAGAGCAUUUGCCUUCAUUAAUGUUAUUGCUUGUGUUGGUUGGGGUGUCGUGAAUACCAUUGUUUCCGCCCAAUUGUUGCACAUGAUCAACAGUGGUGGCAACCAGUGUCCCCCAUGGGCUGGUUGUUUGAUCAUCAUUGGUGCUACCGUUUUGAUUACCUUCUUUGGUAUUAGAAUCAUUCACGCGUACGAAAGAUGGUCGUGGGUACCAAAUUUUGCUGUUUUCUUAGUCAUUAUUGCUCGUUUGGCUAAAAAUGGAUCUUUCCAAAAUGGAGAAUGGACAUCAGGCCCAUCUACUGCAGGUGGUGUCUUAUCAUUUGGUUCAGCUAUCUUCGGUUUCGCAUCCGGUUGGACCACUUAUGCCUCAGAUUACACUGUAUACAUGAAGAAGGAAGCUAAUAAAUACAAAAUCUUUUUCACUUUCGUUUUGUGUUUGGCUUUCCCACUGUUUUUCUGUAUGAUUCUAGGUGCUGCAUCAGCUAUGGGUACCUUCAAUAAUACGACCUAUGCCGACUACUACAACAACUAUUCUAUCGGUGGUUUGACAUAUGCCAUUUUAGUCCCCGACUCUCUUCACGGAUUUGGUCAAUUUUGCUGUGUUUUACUAGCUCUAUCUACUGUCGCCAAUAACAUUCCAAAUAUGUACAGUGUUGCUUUAUCUGCUCAAGCUACAUGGGAACCAUUGGCAAAGAUUCCAAGAGUUGUCUGGACUUUAGCCGCUAACGGUGCCACUCUAGGUAUUUCCAUUGCAGCUUAUUAUAAAUUCGAAAACUUUAUGGAAAACUUCAUGAACUCUAUCGGUUACUACCUGGCAAUUUAUAUUUCUAUUGCCCUUUCGGAACAUUUUAUCUAUAGGAAAGGUUUCAAAGGUUACGAUAUCGACCAAUGGAAUAGAUGGGAUCUGUUACCUAUAGGUAUCGCAGGUUGUUCCGCGUUAUUCGUUGCCGGUUUUGGUGUCGCUCUAGGUAUGUCACAAACUUACUGGACUGGUGAAAUUGGCCGUCUGAUCGGUGAUUUUGGUGGUGAUAUCGGCUUUGAAUUGGGUGCAGGUUUCGCUUUUAUCGUCUACAAUGUUUUGAGACCUCUAGAAAUUAAGUACAUGGGCCGUUAA